AUGAAUGUAAGUACAUAUUCUGGCCAUCAAGAAAGCGAACUUAGUCAAUUCUCCUCGUUGAGUCUAGCUGAUCUUAUAAAAUUAGUUCUAAGCUACUGUGCAAUUGUUGCAGGAUUGCGAAGAUACAAAAUCUCUCUGCAAAUACCUCGACGGGUCAAAUUUACAUUCAAGAUGGAAGGAAACAAAUCCACCAGAAUGGUCAUCAGAUCCAUUGGACGCGAGGUCGUGCAUGUCAAAGUCGGAAAGGAUCUCCAGGAUUUCGGUGUACACAAAAGUCUCAUUUGCCACUGCUCCCCAUUUUUUAAGGCAGCAUUUACUUCCGGCUUCGAAGAAACCGCCACUGGCAUCAUCAAACUUGCAGAUGUUGACGUUGAAGUUUUCGAGUUGUUUUUCAGGUGGCUAUACACGCAACAAAUCGGCGAGCCUGAACAAAACGCAGUUGGGUUCGCCCUCUCGGAUGAUGAGUCGAAAUCGGGCCACGACUAUAAAUUUCAUGUUGGCACUCUUUUACGACUUUACAUCUUCGCGGAUAUGAUUAAAGUACCGACUCUCAAAAAUGGCUGCAUCGAGAAGUUCUCUCGCAUGGGCUCUUCCGAAAAGGAAUACUUAACCGAGUCUGAAAAUGUUCAGUAUGUUUGGGACCAUACGAGAGAGGGGGAUUUGAUCCGCAAGCUUUUUAUCCAUACGAUCAUUUGGGAUUUGGGGAUAACAUCAUUCAACAAAAAUCUCGAUCAAAUUUCUGAGGAAGUAAGACUUGCGAUUCUUCUCGCCAUGAAAAGAGUUAUUGAUAAUGCUCGCACGGAGAUAAAGGAGAUGGGAAAAAGCAGAAGAAAAUUCAAGACUCUCGCAUCUUUGGAUAGCCCUUUGGAAGAUCCAACGAAUUAUCAUGAGAAAGUCGGGGAAGAGAAUAAAAAAGAUGGAGAUGUUUCAUCUAAAUCGAGGGUGGAGGUCUCUGAGGAAAUGUAUGAGGUUGAGGAAAUUUUGGAUUCUGAAUGGGUGGACGGUUUGGUCAGUUAUAAGGCUAAAUGGGUUGGACAUAAGCAAGAUGAUCAAUAUUAUUCGGCGGAGAAUUUUAGAGGUGCUCAGGAACUUGUCAAGGAAUUUCACAAGAAGUACCCACACAAGCCUCAUCCUGGGAUAAAGAAGACAUUUGUUGAGUGUUGA